CCCUAACCCACCCCCCUUCUUUGAUUUAUAAAAAUUCCGUUUCCAUCUUUCCUUCCAUCUCCCAAACAUGGCCCAACCUACAAUCACCGCUCUCUCUCUUGCCAGUUUCAUUCUCUCUCUCCUCCUCAUAACUUCUUCAUCAUCACACCAUCAUGACGAACACCUUUUUCAAGUUCUCGAUGUCUCUGCUUCUUUGCAGCAAGCCCGACAAGUCUUCUCCCCCAACCUCGCGCAGGGGAGUGCGUCUCUCCGUCAAUUACAGCCCCUGAAUUCCAGCAACUAUUCAGCUGAUUCCCUUUCGCUCACACUCCACCCUCGCUCCUCUCUCCCUUUCGACCGCCACAGCAAUAACUACACUCAUCUCACUCUCUCCCGGCUCGCCCGCGACGAUGCCCGUGUUCGUUGGCUUCACUCCCAUCACCCACACUGGAGAUCCAGACACUCCCAUCACCCACACUGGAGAUCCAGACACUCCCACGGCCGCUCCAGGCACUCUCGUGCUCCUUCGGCUUACAAGGCUGUUCGCCAGCCUGACCAAUUUGAGUCCCCCUUGAUCUCCGGUAUAGAGCUGGGCAGCGGGGAGUACUUUGCCCGAAUCGGGGUGGGUCGACCCGUCAAGGAAUUCUAUAUGGUUAUUGAUACUGGCAGUGAUGUGAGUUGGCUCCAAUGCCAGCCCUGCUAUGACUGUUACCAGCAGGCCGACCCGAUUUUCGACGCAUCAGCGUCCUCCACCUACAAGCCACUCAGCUGUAAGACCGAGCAGUGUGCCUCCCUUGACAUCUCGGCCUGCAGCAGGAUGGGCAACUGCAUUUACCAGGUCUCCUACGGCGACGGCUCCUAUACCGUCGGCAACUUCGCUACUGAAACGAUUUCGUUCGGGGCGAGCGGGUCUGUCCCCAACGUCGCCAUCGGUUGCGGCCACGACAACGAAGGCUUGUUUUCCGGCUCGGCUGGGUUGUUAGGCCUGGGCGGCGGCAAAUUGUCGCUGCCUUCUCAAAUGAGAGCGAGUUCCUUUUCCUACUGCUUAGUGAACCGCGACUCGAGUUCGUCCUCGACUCUGGACUUCAACACAGCCCGACCCGCCGACUCCGUCCUGGCUACCCUGCUUAGGAACCCCUUGAUUAAAACAUUUCGCUAUGUGGACCUCACAGGAAUCAGCGUCGGAGGUCGGGCUCUGCCUAUUCCGUCGUCUCUGCUCGCAAUAGGCUCAGACGGAAAGGGUGGUGUGAUUGUCGACUCGGGGACUUCUGUGACUCGGUUGCAGACGGAGGUCUACAGCUUAGUGCGAGACGCCUUCAAGAACAUGACCCAGAACUUGCCUCCCGCCAGCAGGUUAUCUUUGUUCGACACUUGCUACAACUUGUCCGGCAGGAGCAGGGUGCAGGUGCCGACGGUGUCGUUCCAAUUCUCCGGGGGGAGAACGCUGUCUCUGCCGCCGACCAACUACCUGAUACCGGUUGACGACGAGGGGAAGUUCUGCUUUGCAUUCGCGGGGACGUCUGGGCCAAUGUCUAUAAUGGGUAAUGUGCAGCAGCAGGGGACACGUGUCAGUUUCGACCUGGCGAAUAAUUAUAUCGGCUUCAGUCCGAAUAAAUGCUAGUAUCUCUCUUGUUUCGUGAAGCAGCAGAAAUACAGCAAAAAUUUUACUAUUAUUUAAAUUGUGAGUAAAUCCUCACCGUUGCUCUGCUUUGGGUGAAUAUAUACCGACGAUCAAAGACCCUUGGAUCAACUUCUGGCGCUCCGAUCAAUAAUAAUUGAAAUUAACCUA